UCACUUUUAUUCAAUAUUUAAGGCUACCACUAAUAGGUGUGUUUAGCGCUAUCUAGCGGCCACCGCGUUACAGCACCAAAUCUGAAAAUAGUCUGAUUGAGGACUGUGCAGUUUAUGCCCUUUCCUUCAUUUUGUUUUUCGUGUAUGUCCCAAACUUAGCUAUUUAUUGUGCAGCACACCACGCCCCCGCGGUGCGUACCGCAGUGGAACCACCUCUUGAUGUCCGGUGACGUUCCUGCCGCUCCGCAGCCACAACCUCAGCAGCAGCAGCCGUCUCUUUUGGAAGUUGCCAGCUUCCUCGCUAAAACAUUCGGCGCAGGCGCGGCACUGACAGCUGCUGUCUACUUGCUCCGCAGAGUCUGCUUAAUAAUGGCCUGGAAAUCCGGAGGAGCCAGCCACGCAGAGCUUGUCAACAACCUCCGCAAAAAUGGCAUUAUCAAAACGGACAAGGUCUAUGAAGUGAUGCUGGCCACAGACCGCUCUCAUUUCUCUAGAUGUAACCCUUACAUGGACUCGCCCCAGUCAAUAGGUUAUCAAGCAACUAUCAGCGCCCCACACAUGCAUGCCUAUGCACUGGAGCUUCUCCAUGACCAGCUGCACGAAGGAGCCAAAGCUCUGGACGUGGGCUCGGGCAGUGGGAUUCUGUCUGUCUGCUUUGCACGUAUGGUAGGACCUCGAGGAAAAGUCAUAGGAAUUGAUCAUAUUAAGGAGCUGGUGGACGAUUCUAUAAACAAUGUGAACAAAGAUGAUCCCAGUUUGAUAACAUCAGGUCGAGUCACACUCAUUGUGGGAGACGGUAGAAAUGGCUACAAAGAGGAGGCGCCGUACGACGCCAUCCACGUGGGAGCAGCAGCACCCAACGUCCCCAAAGCUCUCCUGGAGCAGCUGAAGCCCGGCGGUCGCCUCAUUCUCCCUGUGGGUCCGGCGGGAGGAAACCAGAUGCUGGAGCAGUACGACAAGCUGGAGGACGGCAGCACCAAGAUGAAGCCCUUGAUGGGGGGACGAACUUUGAAGAAAAAUAGUCCACCAUCCACCGUUAGAAAUCUUGAACCUGGAGGAGGAAACGCACAUGAGGGGGGGUGACGGUGACACAUAACAAAAACAUGCUCUUUUUGUUUAAGUCGAACACGGACGGACUGACGAGAGAAACCACACUAACGUCGGCGCGGAGCAGCUGGAAGACGAAGGCUUGAAGCUCUGUGCAGGAGAAAUGCAGAGUGUUCAGUGUUUUUUUUUCUGCAGGUGUGCUUUUUUGUUCUAUUUUUAACUGCUGGAUGUUUUUUCCAUCAGCCAUUUUUUUUUACAGCCACAUUUACACAGAACAUUUCAGCAGCGUUAAAGCUGAGUGUAGGAGUCAUGACGACGCAGGACAGCGUGGAAGAGGCGGGACUUGAUGGAUUCACCUACUGACAGUAUUAGGCACACACACACAUAAACAACAAUGGCUGAUGUAAUUCACAUACAUAUGCUAUUUAAUAUGCAGCACAUACUUGAGCAUUAGUCCAAAGAGAGCAGAGCACUAAAAAGACAGGCUGCGCUUUCUCCACCUGCUGAUGUGCUGCUUUCAGAUUUGAUUUUUUGUUUGUUUUUCCUCCAUUAACGUCUCAUGUACAGUCUUCUCUGGUGGCUCAUUAAAAUAAGAAAAAGUGGGAAAAAAAAAAGUCACUGCUUUGCCAAAAUAGCAAAACGAAUGUGUGUUUUCAUGGGGGAAAAAAUAAGAAUUCAAUCAAAAAAAGCUACAGAAAAUUAAGAUAAAAAGAAAAACAAACACUUUAUUUUGGGGUGAAGUUAGUGAUGGAUGACUUCUGUCGUUUACAGGCAAAUUAAAUAGAAAGAUAGGCUUA